UGUACGUCUGUAUACAAUUUUCGGUGGCGCCAUAUUCCUGCAAGUAUAAAUUUGUGCACGACGACAGAGGAAAAGAGACGGACUCUGUUGUCGAGUAAGGUCUGGUCGUAAGGCGCGGAAUACAUAAGUGAAAGAAAGAGAGCAAUAGAAUAAUGAGAUAAUGAAAUUAUACAGGCUCCUUUCGUAAGUCCGUCAGGCGGUCGGGCAGUUGAGAUUGCGCCUUGCAUUAGAGCAGAACUUACUUUGAUUUUCUUUGUUUAUAUCUGUGUUAUAAGAAAAUGCACUGAAAUGUGCAAGCACGCACCAGAUAAAUUCUGGUUUAUUUGUGGUUUAUAUAUCUUAAAAAAAAGUGCUCGAAAAAAGCUGACCACGCACUUAUUAGCAGCUUACGAGCAAUAUUUUGGUUUAAGAGCAAAAGAUAUGGACAAAACGUGGACUCCAAACUCUGUCUGCGCUACAUGUUCUGCACGUUUGAACGAAUUUACCAAAGGCUCACGGACAUAUUUAUCUUUUGGUAAGCCAUUUGAGUGGAGGAAUCCUAUUGAUCAUGUGAGUGAUUGCUAUUUUUGCCUGACUAAACUUCGAGGAGGAAAAUAUAGCAAAGCUACGUAUGCCGAAGUGUCAUCAGUGACAAAAAGCGCACCACAUUCUACCCAAUAUCCAAAACGUGAACCACCAACACCAAAAGCAGAGCCCCUCAGUUCUCAAGGAAUAACAGCUUCGAUUUCGAGUGUCGGCAGUUCCCCAAGCAUAUCGAGUCAGAAGGCAAAGCCAAUUAAUCAGAGAGCAUUAAGCGAUUUAUGUCGUGAUCUCAACUUAUCGAAAGAAAAAUCAGAACUCCUAGCUUCACGUCUUAUAAUCUACAAUAAGAGAAAAGUCACUGACGCCGAUGCUACACUGCCUGCCGAUUGAGAAACCCCGCUGCGGCCUUCCUUGAGGAAUUGAGUGUACAUCCG